AUGCCGAAUCUAAACGACCGGCCGCAGCAAUGGACGCGCACUGUCCCCGACAACGAUGGUGCAGAAACGGUCUUUGUACUCUCAACCGAUCGUUCUCUGCUGUCGAUCCCGGCCUUGAUCAAAGCGUUUAACGAGGAUUAUGUGUACUGGGCGCGCGCAGUUCCCAUGGAAUCUAUGCAGCAAAUGGUCAACAACUCGCUCUGCUUCGGUCUAUACAAGUCCAUCACCACGGACGGCGGAUCGUCAAAGCUCGAGCAGAUUGGGUUCACGCGUUUCAUCACCGAUUACGUGACCUUUGUAUAUCUGUGUGACGUGUACAUCCUCCCGGAAUAUCAAGGUGCGGGGCUAGGAAGCUGGAUGCUCGGAGUCAUGCAGGCCGAGAUGGAUAAAAUGGAGCACUUGAGGCGGUUGAUGCUCAUGACGCGGGGCGACAGAACAAAGGCUUACUACGAGCGUCUGCUGGGUGUGAAGUUGAUGGGAAUGGCAGGCCAGGCGUAUGUGCUGGGGAAAAUUGGGAUGGCGAGUUGUGUAUGA